GAAAGGGCGGGGAGGCCGGGGUGUGGAAAGUGUGGCGGCCCCGCCCCGUCUCUUGGAACUGCCGCGGCCGCCACCGCUGCCGCCGCCGCAGCUGUAGGGGACCGGCGCGGGUGCGCAAGCGAAAGGCACUCUUCCCCUGCUGAAAGUUCCCUCAGAAGAGCAACCAUCUCCCCAGCCUACCAUGGCGGAUGAAAUUGAUUUUACUACUGGAGAUGCUGGGGCUUCCAGCACUUACCCUAUGCAGUGUUCGGCCCUGCGCAAAAACGGCUUCGUGGUGCUCAAAGGACGACCAUGCAAAAUAGUGGAUAUGUCAACUUCGAAAACUGGAAAGCACGGUCAUGCCAAGGUUCACCUUGUUGGCAUUGAUAUUUUCACGGGCAAAAAGUAUGAAGAUAUUUGCCCUUCUACUCACAACAUGGAUGUUCCAAAUAUUAAGAGAAAUGAUUAUCAACUGAUAUGCAUUCAGGAUGGUUACCUUUCCCUGCUGACAGAAACUGGUGAAGUUCGUGAGGAUCUUAAGCUGCCAGAAGGUGAACUAGGCAAAGAAAUAGAAGGAAAAUAUAAUGCAGGUGAAGAUGUACAGGUAUCUGUCAUGUGUGCAAUGAGUGAAGAAUAUGCUGUAGCCAUAAAGCCCUGCAAAUAAAUGGGAACAUCAGGCAUCAGCAAACUGUUUAGGUCUGGAUCAACUGCAGAUCUAAAGUCUGGUUCUAAGUUGUCACCAAAGCUAUGGCCUUCAUAAGCAACCUCAUUUCUUUUUUAAUUGUUUUGAAAUUGUGCUGAGUUAGUUUUGCAGGCAACUAGUAAUUUCAAACAAUAAUCAAGGUGUAUAAUUCUUUUGUUUUUUAAUUUUGUAGGUGUCUUUCCUAUAACAUUCCUGCGGUUUCAGUACGUAAGCCCAAGAAACAGACAGGAUAGUUUGGGCAAAUGUGAUUCGUCUGAGCAGAUCAUUCCUGAAUUUUAGUUAAAUGAUAAGUAAACCAGGGUUUUAGAUCAAACAAUGUAGCAUCUAGUGGUAUUGACGUACCACAUUUAAGUUGAAUUGCUCUGCAGUAAUUUCAAACUUAGUAUCAGAAUAUCAUGGAUUGGAAUUGUCACAGCUUCAGCCUGAGUGUGGCAAGUAUAGGUCCUUCAACCAAAAUCAUAUUAUCAAAAAGUGUCAAAUCUUAGUAGCCAUGUGCAGCCACCUGUAUUACCUUGGUCUUUCUGUUCUUUGCCAAAUUGCUGGCAGACUUAACUUGUAUUAUGGUGAUUUCAGUUCUUGCUUGUGCUUGACAGAGGCAUUAAACUGCUGCAUGACUGUUAGCAAGUCUUACGGUAAAGAAGACACAGGACAGUGGCAAAGGGAGUUGCUUAAAGCUAUAGGGUUUUAUUUGAGGAUUUUGUAAUCAGCAUAAAAAUAGAAAGUUUCUUUCUGUUUGUGUUUCUGCUUUUAACUUGUGUUCUCUCUCUCUGUAUGUAAAGGAGUGACCUGGUUUACAGGAUACUAUGCAGUGCUUUUUACCAAUUAUGUUGAAUAAAUGUUAGUGUUUGCAGGAGUCACUCCUUUCCAACCAUUUUUAAGUAGACUUCCUUAACAUCAAAAUAUUUAUUUAUCAGACAAAAACUGGAAAUUCUUACUUGAAAUUGACUUGGAUCAUUUGUUCAAUUUAUUUUUUUCCAAAGUGAAAGUGUAUCAUGGAAGAAAAGUUACUUUAUGUGAUAAUUAUUGUUUAACUUAAGAAGUAUAUGUAUUUUAUCUGGUUAUCAUGUGACUUAAUUCUGUUCCAUAUGUGAAAUAUAACUAGAGAAAAAUUCUAUAAACUGAAUUAUUUAAGAAAGAAUUUUAGGUGAUUCUGCUACAUUUCUGUUUAGUCUUUUGGAUCAUGUAUCUCUUAUUUCCAGAAUUCUAGACAUUGUCACAGGGUUUGUGAGGACCUUUGACUCAAUAACAAUCAUCAUGUUGCAGUGAAACUUAGAACAAAAUCAUAUUUCAGUAAUACCUUCAUUCUCUAAGACUGGUUUUAAGACUUCUUCCAUCAUGCUCUGACCUCUAAAAGGCCUUUGUACCUAGUGUCUAGAGGAAAAUAUGUGUCAUGCUGUAACUGGUCUCAUCAGCGACUCAAAAUACCAUUAAGAACAGAAGAUCCCAAAGUAUUAGUUACUUAAUUUUCACAUACUUUUAAAUCUUGUAUUGGCCUCAGCAAACCCAUUUGGAGAAGAAGCAGUACUUUAAGGAAAUGCAGGAGGAAUUCUAAAGCACAAAAAAUAUUGAGGUUGUAGCCAGUCAUUUUUAGUAUAACAUUUUAGCUUUUGCCCAUCUGAAGCACAAUUAGUAAUUAGGCUAAAUUCUUUCCAGUAUUCCAUUUCAGUAUCUGCUACAUAUUGCUUUAGGUUUUAGCACUCUGUAAUGUGUAUCUUACUUGCAACUGAUUGGCACUGUUACCCACAAGAACUCUAGAAAGUUAUCAGUCUGUGCUGCUUGCUGGUCACUCAGAUGACCCCAGUUAACCAUACUAGUGUUCUGGUUUAGUAUUAAUUCUAGAUUAGCAUGCCCUUGUUCUUAACUUGUCAAACUUCACAUAAAUAUAUUUUCAAUUGUGAGAUAAGCCUAUAUUAAAUUGUAACAACGCAUCUCUGUCAUCAUACCUUGAAUGGCAAAAGCUACUUAUGCAUAAAUAUUUCAUUUUAAGUACUAUAAUGAAGUAUAAAUACUCCUCUGACAUAUAAUUAUAAGAAUAGAUUUUAAAGACAUGGGACUGUUUAUUUUCACAUAAGUCAAUACAUAUUUCUCUCAAAAAAUAUUUCAUUUAGUAAAGCUUUAUAAACUGUAUUAAAAGGAAGCAGGGAAACAUAUUUUUUAACAGAAUAGAAGUAACUUCAUUCUUUUUUGACAUCAGAAAUGUUAAAAGUUGAUUCCUAGUAUUUGUUGUACCCUUUUGUAGCAAAUGUUAAAUAUCAAAGUUACCAUGUAUAGAAGGUAGACUUUCACGUUGAUAGAUUAUACAGUGAAAACACCUCUUUGUCUGCAGGCAUUUCACAAAUUUAUAUACAAUAUUACAAUAAUAAGUGGAAUAUUUGUUUCUUUCUAGAACAAUGUAUUUUAUUUCUACUGUGGAGAUUUUGUCAUACCUUACUUGCUAUGAAGUUGUAUACCCUCUGAAAUAGAUCAAAUUAUUGCUACUUUGACUUAGCAUUUGCAUCAUAAACAUAAUUAUGAUAUUUCUUUCAUGCUCCCCUACAAGGGCUGUCAGUCACUUAAAAUUAUUGCUAACCAAGCUCUUGAAUCCAUUUCCAUUUAUGGUACAAAAUUCAGUACCAAUGCUUUAUAACAAUUACCAAAAGUCUCCUGCAGCCAGAGCAUGAUAUCUUUAAUAGGAGAUGCUGCAAAAAAAUGUUUAGACUAUAAAGUUUGGGGAUACAAUUUUUCAUUAUAGCACAAUGUGAAUGUGUGCAUGUGCACACAUAGCUUUGUAUGUUUGUUCUUUUUACAAAGUCCUUCCAACUCUUAAAAGUACUGUAGUCUGGUAGUGCCUCAAAUGUUGGUAAUUUUUUUUAUUUUACAACUUUUCCAGAAUUUGUUUUUGUAUUUUAAAGUUUCUCAAUUAGAUUAUUUCUAGUUGAGCUGUAAUUUGAAUGCAUUGUUCUCAGGGCUGUUUGUGCUAAGAGCUGAAGUUUCAUUAUUUUAAAGCUAACUGCCUAAAAGUAUGUUGCAAAAUUUUCCCAGGUUGUAAUACAGUGAUAUAUACAAAUAAAAAAUCCUUAAUAUCAACAUAUAUAAACUAUAUGCUAAAUAUUCAAGAAAAAAAUGGGAACAUUGGUAACAUCUAUACUCUUAACAUAUUUUUUUCAUUUUGUAAUAGAAUUUGGUAGUCUUAUCUUAGAACCUUAUCCUUAAUGAUAUAUCUGAAAGCAUUCCUUUGGCAUGGACCCCAAAAGUAACUUUAGAGCCAGACAAUGAUACAGUGAUUCUCAAACAUAUUUAGGCACAACAGAACAAAAGUUCAUAGUGCUUUUCUUUGGUACAUUAAAAUGUUUACAUAUUGAGUUCUGUAAUAUGAACUAGGAACAAAUUAACUUAGAGAAAAUAUGGCUCUUAAGCAGUAUAUGCACAAUCUGUAAGCAUAUUUCCAUAAACAGUAUAUUAUAUUGAACUGAUCAAUAGUUCAAAAUCUUCUGGUAUCAUUUAGGCAUAAUAUUUCAUAGUUUUUAAGCCUUUUUUUCUCCUAACAUUCAGACAGGUAACAGUCAACAAAGGCUUAACAAAUUUUAUUGUGCAAAAUCUUAAAAUUGAGAAAAUUCAAUCUGUUAACUUCAAUCCCUUAAAUUUCUUUCUGCUGAAUUGGAUAUAUGGCAUUAUUUGAUUUUAGUAGGGAACAUUGGAUUUAGCUUACGGAACACAGAUGUUCUGUAGCUUGAAGUCCUAUAUAAUUCAAUGUUUUUCCAUUAAAUAAAAAUCUAAACACCAACUUAACUACCAAGUGAGGUCAAGUGCCUGAAAAGUGCUGUAUCCAUCUAAUUAGCACGUUUUCCUCACAUGAAAGAUGCAUCUUAUAGCAAUGCAUAUGCGGCUUUCACCUGCUAAAAACAUACUUGUUGUCAAAUUUUACUGUCCACCACUAUUCCUCCCGCCUUAGGACAGGUUGAAACCAACUUUACAAUUGAAAGAGAGGUUCCUUUACUUACAUAAAGUCCCUAAAACUAUGUCUUGGUAUUGAUAGACUUAAGUUUAUCUUACAAACUCUGAACAUAAAUUACAUUCAUUGAUGACUGUACAGCUUAUCAUAAAUCACAGUUGUGAUCUUUCUUGAGAGGAAUUCUUUAUUGUGGUUAAUAUCUACUAUAAAUAAGCACUCUUGUGCUUGUUACAAAAUAUAAUACAAAUUACUAGUUCUCUAAUAUUUUUAUCCUCCUCUCCAAAAAAGGAAAUAGUUGAAAUGGCAUUGUUUAGUCCAGUGGCACUUUAUCAGUAAUACAUUUUAUUUGUCUUAGGGAUAAGAGAACUCAUGCUUUUACCUGCAGAGACUCAUACAUUUUAGCUAAAACUUUAAAAUUAUAAGAUAUGUAGAAUGGGUAUUAUUAUAAUUGUGCAUUUUACAAUUCAAAAAUGGGUAGAAUUGAAAUAUUAAGUCUUUGGCUAUAUUAAAGUAAUUGUGAAAUAUUUUAAAAUGUAGAUGGUAAAUUUAUCAAUUAUAACUUUUUGUUAUAUUAAAAUAUAGUUAUCUGU